AUGGUAGCUCCGGAGGCGGCGGUGACAUCGUCUGGUGGUUCCGACGCGGCGGCUUCACGUAUCUCCGACUAUGGCGUCCGACUUGGACAGUCUUCGAUAUCUACGCAGAGGGAUGCUAUUGUCAAAGUAUUUGAUGGUGAAGAAGAUCAAUUGUGUGAUUAUAAUCACAUCAGCACACCCAAACCUUCAGGAAAAAGUGAAAAAUGUUCUGGAAUUGAAUUUUCUCCUUCAGAUAGUUUCUUUAGCCCAGGAGUAUUAAAGGAAAUAGAUGAAAUCAUAUACAGAAGUACCAAAAAGAAACUCCAAUUCAUGGAUGAAAAUUCUACAGGAACACGAAUUGAUAUUUGCAGUUCAGCUUCUACUUUUUGUUCUCCGUAUAUGAAUAGCAUAGUUUCAAUUAGAAACAAGAUUACUGAUAUGGAAGUUGAUAUUUGCAAGUCAAUAUUAUGUUCAAAUAGAAAUCUUCGGGAAACCAUAUGGGAGUUAAAAGAUGCACAACUUAUGUUUGUUGAAGAUUCAUAUUGUUUUGAAGCAAACAAGCCUAUUAGUUUUCGAAGAUUUCUAUUUGAACAUAAUAUAUACGAAGAAGUGUUUCAAAAUGUAAUUGUAUGUUGGUAUGAACAACGGACCAGGACUCUUCUCCGAUAUUGGCAAAAAAGCGAAAGAUCUGUUAACAAGAGACUGCAUAUCGGAUCAGAUUUUUUUUUGUUUCAACCACAACUGCAAACGGAGUUAAAUUACUGA